AUGAGAAGGCUUAAGAUAGGGAUACGACCGCAGCUUAUAGUCCUUGUGUGUUUUGCGUCGUUGUUUUCCCUUUUGAUACUAGGUAUUGUUACGGGGCUAUAUUUUAGUGAAAAUCUCACUCAGCUGAGGUCCGAGCGGUUAUACGUUAUAUCACAGUUGAAAUCUACACAGGUUGAACAAGCAUUAUCAUUCAUUGCAUAUCAAGUCGGUACAUUAUCAGCCAUUGAUGCAAUCACCACGCCACUUUCACAAUACAGAGCAGGUAACAAUUCCAAUGCAGUAUUCACCAGUGCUCAAAACACUUUAGACCAGUUUAUGUCAUCUACCGAAACUUUUGCUGCCGCUCGACUAUACAACUUGGACUUACAGGUGCUGGCCAGUUCAUACAACAAUGCAACAAUUGUUUCCCAAUACGCGGCUGACAACUUGUUUCCAUUAGCACAAAAUAGUUCCAUCCCACCAGCGCUACUAAAUUCAAGCGGGUCCGAUUUCUACUUUACUGGACCUAUAGCCAAUGACUCAAGCGAUAUCUACAGUCCAUAUUUCAUUGGAGUGACGCUUCCGGUUUACACCAAUUCCUCCAUUAUCAUUGAUAAGCCGUAUGUUGCAGGGUAUUUAUCAAUCAUUGCUAGUGCACAAGCAAUUCAAGAUGCUUUGAAUUCCACAACUGAAGACUACAAUGUAAUUGCAGUGAAGCCGUUGUAUGGGGAACUCACAGACCUAAUUGAUACUUUGAACUCCAGUCAACGAGCUGAAGCUGCUAUUGGGUUUCAAUUGGUGUUUCCAGUUCUCAAUUCUUUACUAAGGCCGGGAGAGUUGUACAACAUUAACACCUCAAGCUCAGUGAGAACGGCAAUUCGAUCACCCUCGGGUACAUCAACAAACGUUAAAUCCUAUUCAGGAGCCAGCGUUGCCAUAGGAUAUAGACAAAUUAUGCAAAACAAUCUUUUAUGGUCAAUCGUGGUGAUCCAACAGAAAUCAGUUUUCAAUGCUCCUGUAAAUAAAUUGAAAAAAAUCAUUAUUGGCGUUGUUUUUGGAAUUGCAGUCUUUAUGUGUUUGAUUACAUUCCCCUUGGCCGUGUGGUUUAUCCGACCGAUAACUCAAUUACAAAACUCAGCUGAGUACAUUUCAAAAUAUAGGAAGGAAAGGAUACUAAACGAAAAGACCACCCAUGAUUCGAGAAACAAUAGUGUUGCGUCAACUGCCACUUCCACGUCAGGAUUUUCAACCGCUGUACGACUACCAGCACGCAUUCACACUUCAAAAAAGUUUUUCAAGGAUGAAUUGACUGAACUUUCAGAAGCUUUUAAUAUAAUGACUGAGGAAUUAGACAAGCAAUACAGCUUGUUGGAGGAGCGAGUUAAGCUUCGUACGCGAGAGUUGGAGGCGUCCAAGAUCCAAGCCGAAGCAGCAAAUGAAGCCAAAACGGUGUUUAUUGCAAACAUAUCACACGAGCUCAGAACACCAUUGAAUGGUAUCCUCGGAAUGACGUCAAUUGCAAUGGAGGAAGAUGAUCAAGAAAAAAUACACGAGUCGUUGAAGUUGAUAUAUCGUUCCGGGGAGUUGUUACUCCAUAUUUUGACCGAGUUGUUGACCUACUCGAAAAAUACCCUUAAUAGGUCUAAAUUGGAGAAAUCAAAUUUUCAAAUCCUUGAAAUUGUUUAUCAGAUUAAUUCAAUUUUUAAUAAGCUAGCUGUUGAUCAGCGAGUUAAUUUCAAAAUUGUGGUGAAACCAUGCUUAUUCAGGAAACUAAUUCUUUAUGGUGAUUCCAAUAGGAUCAUCCAGAUCAUUAUGAACUUGGUCUCUAAUGCGCUAAAGUUUACCCCUGUUGAUGGGUCAGUUGAUGUCAUUUUCAAAUUGCUCGGUGAGUAUGACCUUGACAAGUCAGCAGCCUGUGAUUUCACCAAAGUGUAUUUAAUGCACGACAAAAAAAGAAGACCACACUCUUCAAAUUACAAUACCGAUUCCACUUUGGUGCAAACUCCGCCAGCGGCCAAGUCAAUCGACCCAAAAAGUGAUAACGAUGCAGACGAUGAUACACAUAGUAUCGCCACCAUUUCAACAAUUCAGUACGAAAAUGCCUUGUUUGAACAACAAUUUUCCAUCAAACAACUGUCAUCAAGGUCGUCGCUUAAAUCAGAUGACGAAUCCGACGUUAAGUCAGAAUUCAUUAUGCCAAGUGCAAAAGACUUUAAAUCGUACCCCACAAUGAAUAAAAAGGAAACCGACAAGGGUCACAAGGCGUUCAAAAUUAAAAGCAUGCAUCAUCCAAAGACAUGGGUUAUUCAGAUUGAAGUUCGUGAUACUGGAUCCGGUAUUGACCCAGCAUUACAAGAAAAAGUGUUUGAGCCAUUUGUUCAAGGGGAUCAAACAUUGAGUAGAAGCUAUGGUGGAACUGGAUUGGGAUUGAGUAUAUGCCGACAAUUGGCAACAAUGAUGAAAGGAACACUUACAUUGAAAUCUGCAAUUGGAAAGGGGUCUGCAUUCACAUUGACGAUUCCAUUGCCACAAACUGGGGAAAUUCUAAUUCCACCCGAGGACCUUGAGGCCUUUUGUGAUGACGAGUUUAAUCCAAAUUCCAAACUGAAUAGGAAAGUUGCAUUUGAGGAUGAUAAUAUUAGUGAUGAGGACACCACUGAAUUGACUAGAGGUCGAAAAUCAUCAACACUCAAAUUGAAGCCAUCAACUGUUGCAUUUGCUAGGGGUUCAACCGGUACAGCACAAUCUUCUGAUGCUGGUGUCAACAGCGGAACUCACAGCACUGUUUCCACACCAUCGGGAUCAUUGGUCACUACUCCACCAACUUUGCACAACCAUUUGUCCGAUAUCAAGAUUCUUGUUGCUGAAGACAACCAAGUCAAUCAGGAAGUGAUCAAACGAAUGUUAAAACUUGAAGGAUUUUCCAACUUGGUUAUGGCGGCAAAUGGGGCUGAGGCAGUGGAGCUAGUCGAACAAUCCAUGAACUCUACAGAGGAACAGCUGCUGCAACCAUUUGACUUGGUGUUUAUGGAUAUUCAAAUGCCCAUAAUGGAUGGUAUCACAGCAGUCACCAAGAUUCGACAGGAGUUAAAUUUCGCUAACCCGAUUAUUGCUCUCACGGCAUUUGCUGACGAAAGUAACAUAAAAGAGUGUCUCAAUUGUGGAAUGAAUGGAUUUUUAUCCAAACCCAUAAAACGCAAUAAUUUACGCAGCGUCAUAAGUAAGAAUACUAGUAUUUCGUUGCACGAGGCAGUACUUACGCCAAUGUCGGGACAUUCACAAAAGAGCUCUUAUUUUCUGUAA